AGUGAAAUUGUACAGUGAAAUUCUUACUUGCAUGUCCACACAACAUGCAACAAGUUGCCACUCUCUGGUGCUAUGAUAAACAAGAAUGUUACAUAACUUCAACAUUUUACAGAAAACACACAAAUCAGCUAACCCCUUGUAUAUACAGUAGAGGGUGAGUAGACAAUGGAAGGAUGCAGGAAUAUACCACACAAGAAAAGUCGAUGGACACCUGCUCUUGUAUUAUAUAUUAAUUGGGUUUUUCUUUGAGCGUGUGUGUGUUUAAUUUCAAAGGUAGUUACAAAAUAGAUGGUAAAACCAUUUUGUCUACUUUUAGGACUUGCCAAGGAUGAGUAUUACAUCAUUGGAAGAAUAAUUGCUGCGUCACUUGUCCAUGGUGGCCCUGCUCCACACUUUUUCUCCAGACAUUUUCUAGAAUACAUCUGUGGUAAAACAGAUGUUUCACCAUCUAUUCAAGAUGUCACAGAUCCAGACAUUCAGAAUGUGCUUCAGGAGAUAGUGUCAUCCACAUCUUUGUCAAUCCUGAGAGACAUCAUGGCAAAACACAGCACAGUGCUCCUUUUGGCUGGAUGUCUUCAUAGCAUAAAAGACAUCGGAGAGAGAGAAAGUGUUGUGCAAGAUUUUUUAAAAUGGUACCUCUUUUCAAGAAAUGCUGCAUGCAUUGAAAGAUUCAAAGAUGGAUUGUCAACCCUCAAUGUGCUUCAGAAAAUUAUAGAAAGUCCAUCAGCGUUUGAACCUUAUUUGUGCUUCAGUACUCAAAGUCUCAGCUCUGAGCUCAUUGAAAGCAUCUUCAGAGUUGAAUUUAGUGUGGCGGGUAGCAACAAGAGACGCGAAGAAGGAAGGAUAGCAUCUUACUGGGCAGAUUAUCUGCUAGAUAUUGAAGGUAACAUCUCGUCUACAGAUCCAACUUUAGAAGAUAUUGUCAUGUUUGCAACAGGACUGAAGAUGAUUCCACCACUGGGAUUUGAGCCAAGGCCAACAAUAAAAUUCCUGCAUGAUAAUUCCCCGUUUCCAACUGCCAACACUUGCAGCAAUACAUUAUGCUUGCCACUACAUUCAUCAUAUGACAGUUUCAAAUUUCAUAUUAGCUUUGGAAUUUUGAAUUCUCCAGGCUUUGGGCUUUAUUGAUCAACAAUUUGUUUAUCUUUAAAUGCAAAAUGCUGUUUAAUUGAAAGGCAAUUUAUUGAUGUUGGCUGACUGUUUUAUUAAUAAGGUUGACAAUAUAAAUGAAGUAUUUUGCACAUACAAAGUAUACAUUGUUCCAAGCUAUUGUUACUGCUGGUGGUUAACAGAUUGAAGUUCUUCAGU